ACAUAGAAGGCAAGAAGAUUCGGGGAAAAAUUUCGAUGAGGAUCCGAAAGAUUCAUCUCACCCCUCUAUGUCGACGACUAUUCCUACUCCAUCGGCCCAACAUUCAGAGAAGCGGCUGACAGAUUCUUCAAUUCAAUCGCCGCAACAAAAAUGGCAUAAAACUUUCGCAAUAAAAUUUCGUUCUCAACCUUCAUCUGCUCCUUGUGCUUCGACCGAGGACCUAUCUUCAGCAGAGGUUCCCUCGGCUACAAUUUCGGCCGAGGAAUUGGUGUCUUUUCGGCCUACUGAUCAAAUAUUGACCGAGGUUUAUCUUCAGCCUAUCUCAAUCAAUUCCUCUUCUUUUUCUCAUUCUUCAAUUGGAUCACCCACGUUAUCCCCUGCAAUCAAACAGCUAAAAAAAGCUUCCAUUGGAAAAAUCCCACAUUCUCACUUUGCUUUAGCCCUAAGGAAAGCGAUUUCUUAUGCUGAAAGGCAAGCCCGUCGGGUGGCUCACCUUGACAAGAAGCCGGAGGAAGAGAGAAAACGAGCAGAAAAAGGUAAAAAAAAUUAAAAAAGUAAAAAAAAAAAGAAGAAAAAAGAGAAA